AUGCCUAAAUUAAAAAAUAAUUUAUGUCAAUUAAGCAAAAAAGAAAGUUUUAAUUUUCACACAGUUUUAUUUACAACAAAUAAUGAAACAAUACUUACUCGAAAAAGCAUUAGAGAAUCAAACUUUACUGAAUCAUCAUAUACAACAGAUGAUGGUUUCGUUAUAAAAGAUGCUCAAAAAAAUAGUUUUAGUUCGAUAUACAUUACUAAACAGAAUGGUACGAUAGUAGAAAAUAAUAUUUUUUUCAGCAAUGAAGAAUUACAAAUCGAUGAUAGUGAUAAUGAUUCCGAUUUGAUCACAGAAGAAGAAGCAUUAUUUAAUAUAGAACUAUAUAAAAAUAUCAAUAAUUAG